AUGACCGAGAAUCACUGCAAGCGGAUGCGGCGCCACGUGGCGGACAAUCCGGGCCUGGCUCCCGGGUCGCGAGGUAAGAAGGCGGAGGCAGCCCGUAGGCAGGAGGAAGGGAAAACCGGCCCGUCAUCUGGUGCCGAGUGGAAGCCAACCCUGAGUCCACUUCCGCGACGACCCGAUCCCACUGAGGAAGAAGCUCGGGCCUUGGUGGCGGCGCAGGUGACGUCUAGCAAUCUCGCUCAGGACCUGGCGGCCUUGAUGCGGAUAGAAGCCGCAAUUACCCGUCCGCCUAGCGAGGACCCGCCGGAAGAAGUCAAAGGGGAGGAGCCAGGGGGCCUUUCCGUUGAAGGCGUCAGGGAUGUCAAGGAGGAGAAACCCGAGGGCCGUUUCGGCCCCGGGGAGGAAUCCUCCGGGUCAACUAGACGACUUGUCCCGAAAAGCGGAGUGAAGAUCAACGCGCCCAAGGUUGGCCUCCUGAAAGCUAUCGCCUCCGCGGAUACCAAGUCUUGGGAGGGACUCCAACGAGCCCUUGAGAGCUCUCCAGGAACCGGAACCGUGAAGUCGCAACUCGUGCAAGAUUUGGAGCGAAUCGCCGGGCAAAGGAAGAGCGCAUCCCAAGCCGUCACCGCGGAAGUGUUCAAACAGGCGCAGAGGGUGAAGGAGCUCGAGGAAAGGGAUACGGAGUAUUUAAAGGCCCUGGACGAGCAAGGGGACCAAAUGCGUCGCCUUGAACAGGCGAAUCCAGUAAAACCCUCCCUCACGGCCAAGCCCCUGCGCUCCGCCCGCUUGGACGCAGCGAUCGCGGCCGGAACGCCAAUAUGGGUGGCUCGUAAGCAAGAGAAGAGCAGACGUCGGGCCCAGCUCCACCGCGCGGAACAGACCGCAGCACUGGCUGGGGAAAGGAUUGCCAACGAACCCGAGCCCGGGGAGCCGACGCCGGAGGCUCUAGACGAACGGAUGCAAGAGUCCGCGCGCGAGAGUCUUCGGGACUUCCAGAGGCAGCUCGAGAAGUCCGACCCAAAACCGCCCGCAAAGCGCGCGCCUGACUCCCAGCGGCACAAGAAAAUUAAGAAACAGCGCCGAAGGGAGCGAGACUACAGGAGGAAGCACGACGACGCGGACCGAGAUUCGAACCACGCCAUUGCGCACGUCGCAGAACAAGGUCCUUCCGAAGGGCAGUGUCGUCUCCCCCCCGAGGACCGUUUCGGUCCCGGGGACAGUACUGAGCUUGCUCUGACCAGCUUUCCCUUCCUGGCGAAGGAACCGAAGCUGCCCAUGCGAGACUUCAAAAACCCGACCAGGCAGAGGCGAGAGCUGUCCCGCACACCGCUCGAUCAGCACGGACCGAAGAGCCAGGCGGCCCCGGCAGUUCUGUUCCGACCCCGGGAGGGGCCGACCGUUGUCUGUGUGACUCCCAAGGGGUCGACCUACCAUUCUCAGACGUGCCCGCGUAUCUUGUCUCACGAGAGGAAAACAAUGCAACCAUGCGCCGUGUGCCGACCUGACCAGGUUAUGCCGGACCCCUACAGCGACGACGCUCAAGCCCCCUUCCUGGGGAGGGCAAAGGUCUCGAUUUGGCUUCAGGACCCACACUUCCACUCUCCUUCCUGCGCCCUCGUUCGCCCCGUGUACUACCCCCAGCUCCCUCGCCGAAACGACGAUGCUCAGAGAGACAACAACCAUGCAAUAGCGCAUGUCGGGCUGCCAGAGAUUGGCAUGGGGCUUAUCCUUAGCCUCUGCCUCGCCUGCAUGAUCUUCCAGGCUUGUGCCCAAUCCCUCAUGCUUCCUGCCGAGGACCCCGAGGAACGUUUCGUUCCCGGGGGCCUGAAUCGGCGCGUCGGAGAAAUCGGGGCAAAGCGGGUGACGUUCUCUGAUCUAGAGACAAAACAGGCCGCUUUUUCGGAUGCGUUAGAAGGAAGGGCAAGGCAAAGCCCGGAGGUGGAACCUCUUGCCAAGCCGGGUCGCAUUCCAGGGAGGCUUCCCUUCUUGGGAGGACCAGCGACGGCCAAGCGGCUAGGAAGCGGCAAGCCCGCGCAGCUCCGACUGGCCCUCCGGUCUCGGUCUGACUUUGAAACUGAAGCACUCCGAGUCUCCCUGGACCGUUUGGCUGAGACCACACGCAAGGCCUACAUUGGGCAAUUAAGGUUAGCCGCGCUAAAAUCCGCCCACGUGUCGAUUGGCCUUCGUGACCCACUCGAGGGCAAGCCAAGGAUCCAACUGGCCCUCGCGGGACUCAAAAAGAGAUACCAGUUUCCUAAAAGACGGGCACCGGUCACGCCGCAACUCCUGCAGUGGAUCCGAGAGGAGAUGGAACGUGCCAUCCUCCUGGAUCGUCAAGUUCUGUGGCUGGCCUUGUGCCUUGGGUAUUUCUUCCUCCUCCGAGCGUCCGAAUUUUUGCCCGUAGGGUAUCUCCCUAGUUCCCGCCACCUGAGAGGCUGCGAUGUCCUGCUGAAGUUGCAGGGCAAGGUGUGCAACCUCAGUCAGAUCCGAAACGCGGACGAAGUCGUGGUACAUAUCCGCGGGAGUAAGACCGACAAAUAUAAUCGCGGGUCGGUCCGGAAUCAUUUUAAAGGGUCCGGGGUUUUGUGCCCCGUUUUGGCGGCGCAGGAAUACUUCCUGACUUUUCCGGACCGUUUCCUUGGUGGUGGAGAGGACGAGAGACCCAUUAUGCGGUAUUCGAACGGAGCGGAAGUAGCCCGCGAGACGCUCCAGGACCUUAUCAAACGGGCUGCGCUACAUUUCGGUCAAACUGACCAGAUAGGGGCGCACUCGCUACGAUUCGGAGGAGCAUCGGCUUUAUGGUCGGCAUACCACAACGCAGACCAGCUCAAGCGGUAUGGGCGUUGGACAUCUGAUGUCUUUCAUGAGUAUAUCUGGGAUGCUCGCUCAGCCGCGAAAGGCGUAGCAGAAGCUAUGGCAACGGCUGACCUCAUGUGUCCGAAGUGUCUGGGCAACAGAUGCAACCAGGGGCACACCUGCCAACUGUUCACAAAGUUUCUGGGGAUUUUCCUCCGUGCUGCGAACCACAAGACUUUCAUUUACAGAAUCGUCCAACUCCGGGCACAUGGUGCCUCGGAAGAGAAAGCCUUGAGCGAAGCCAAGGCAGAGUGCGAGGAGUCCAAGGAAAAGCAAGAGACGCGCCAUGCGGCCCUCGUCCAAGAUGUGGAUGACGACGUCGGCGUGCUCUCUCCGGGCUUCGGCUUCUUCGACACCACUUUCCAAGGCUGGCCAAAGUUGCUCCUCAAGGACGCAGCCUUGUUCUCCUUCCAGGCGAAGGGAGAUGUCUGGCAGAUGCGGGGCCUGGUCAUCUCGGAGGAUGACACGGGAGUGGAGUUCUUCUCCUACGACCCUUCUCCCAGAAGCGAGCUGAACGUCACCUUUGAGACCCCAGAAGUCCCUCCCAGUGCCGCCACAAGCAUCCUCGCAGCUUGGAUUGGCGUGUAUGAGGUCUGCGCUGUCCGUGCCGUGAACCUCGUGCAAGAAAAGGCCCAUGCUGUGAGAGCGGGGUUUGUAGCGAGGGACGGCUUCGCGUGCGCUGAUGGUUGCUCAGCGCACGAGUCGGCAGUGCAAAACAUGAGCAGCAUGCUCGAGGAGGACUUUGCUUUCCAGCGCCAAGGCGGUGCGGGAGAGGAUGCCCCAGGAUUCUGGAGGCCGACCUGCUCAGCCGUUUCCUGUCCGGACUGUUGGGCGGUUCGUCGCCCAUCCUUGGCGCCCUGGGGAAGCGACGCGAACGAGGCGACCUGCUGCCAGUGCAGGGAGGCGAACAUGGUGCAGGAGAUCAUGGCAGCUCCGCUGUUGUCGUGUGUUCCCUGCCCCGCUGGGCACCAGCCAAGCACGAACCGAUCGGCAUGCGAUGCCUGUCGCACCGGCCGGGCCGCGCCAAAUGGCUCUGCGACAUGCCAGCCCUGUCUGGCCAACUACGUGCCUAGUGAGGACCGGGGCUCCUGCGUGCAGUGCCCUCUGAACAUGUAUUCCUUCGCCGGCGAUGUGGUGUGCAGGUCCUGCAAGUUCCCUUUCAUCUUCUUGAACGGAGGCUGCAUCUGGUGGCACUGGUUGCUGAUAGCUCUCGGGCUCGCAGUACUCCUCUGCCUGGUUCGGACCACGAUGGCCUCCUAUCAGAAACGCCGGAAGCGUCAACUCAUCGCUCGGCAAGCCAAGGUAGAAUCCAUCAUGGGCGGCUUGGAGUGGGAACUCUGGGACGAGCGCACGGACACGGUGACGAGGUACAUCGCUAUCCUCGAGUCUUUGGACGUGGGCGCUGUGGAGGUGAACAGCCGGGUGGCCGAGAUCCGCGCGAGGCAGAGUGCGCGCAGCGGCGUGAGUUUGCGGUAUGUGGUUUCGAGCGACUUCGCUCGGCUGGCGAGCGACCGUACUGGGGAGCGGAACCCCACCUUCAACCGCAUGAAGCAAGCUUUCUGGCUGGCAGGCGACCCAAUCGGCCAGGAAAUCAUUUGCCCCCGCGACGGGCGACCCGGGUGCGCGUUGGUCGAUUGGCUGCCAAGGCAGGAUCGACGUGAGCAGACACACUUUCUGUCUUGGGCGUGGAUGUAUAGCCUGGACCAACUCUGCAGUGCACUACAGAUGUUCGCUGCUGGCUGCGUCGACAGCCACCAAGUCUUCUUCUACAUGUGCUUCUUCGUGAACAAUCAAUUCAGAAUACUGCGGGAGCGCUCGGAUUUAGAUCACACCUUUCGGCAGAACCUCGCCCGCACCCGCCGCGUGGUGGCAAUCCUGGACACCUGGGACGAGCCAGUGUAUCUCACACGGAUCUGGACAGUUUAUGAGCAGUUCGUCGCCUGCACCUUGCAGAUCCCGGUUACGUUCGUGAUGCCGCAGGCUUCCAUGGCCUCCCUGCAGCUCAAGAUCUUGCAGGGUGAGUGUGGCCUCAAGGAAGUCACGGACUCGGUCUGCAACGUCGACUCAGCCAGGGCCGAAGCAUGGGACGAGCGCGACGGCGCGAAGGUCAAGACAACGAUCCAGGAAACCGUGGGGUUCGAGUAUGUCAACCGGCACGUUCGCAAGGCCAUGUUGCAGUGGAUCGGCACCGUCGUGCGCGAGCAGUUCCAAAGUUUGGUGGAUCAAGCCCAAGAGGAUAGCCGGCAGCGGGCGGCGAACAGCUUCACCGUCUAA